CACAGUCUCUACCCUUAGUAGCUUUUAUUUCUGUCGUGUGUAGCUUGGUUUAAUCCCCGUUUUUAUCUGGUGCCUCUGAUUAGUCAAUUCAAAACUACAACCGCUUGUCAAAAGUCUCUUGACUUUGUAGUGAGUUGGAUUUUAACCACUCACUACAAUUUUCUACCAAGAAUCAUGAGCAUCCCUGUCUAGAUAUCCCACAGAAAAAGACCGACAGGUCAUAUUUGUAAUGCAAAAAUAAAUACACAGGAAAGUCUGUCAUGGGCGAGGCCAUAACAUCCUGUUUAGGGCAUGCAAUACAGAUUUUUUUGUCUAUUUAUUUUUGCAUUACAAAUAUGACCUGUCGGUCUUUUUCUGGGGGAUACUAGAAUCCCCCACGUCGACCAGUCGAACACAACUUGUUCGAUAUUAACACCUCCGACAAGAAAUAACUAUGGAGCAGCUCGUCGGGGAUCUCGACCUGCGAUUUGUCUUCGUCGGCGGCAAGGGCGGCGUCGGGAAAACAACCUCCUCCGCGUCUUUAGCGACCUGCUUUUCCCAGAGAAGUAGAUAUAACCGGGUUUUACUGAUCAGUACCGAUCCGGCACACAGCCUCGGGGAUGCGUUCCAACGGGAGUUUCCGAAGGGACAGCCGACCGCGGUGUCACCGACAUUGGAUGUGUUGGAGGUAGAUCCGGAAGCGACGCUGGAGGAGGAGGUAAGUAUAGAUUUUCAUAGGUUUCUUGUACAUUGGAUGUUGCAGCUAAACCAGCAUUAUAAAUUCGCUUUGCCAUGCGCAACUCCGCAUUCGAAAUGUAUUUACACAUCAUCAUCUGUACUUAUCACGAAGCUGCAAGAAUGGACGAAGCUGAUGGAAGAGGGCGGCAUGGCGGAUGCGGGUGCGUUAUGCGUUGCAAGUAUGUCUGGGUCUGGAAGAUCGCAACUUGUCAUGCUAAAUCCGAAUCAUGCAAAAAUCUGUGUUGCAUGAGUCCCAAAAGCUGCUUACUUUCGACCGAGUUGGGAGGGAGUUUCUUAUGCAGGAUAGGCAUGGCAGAGACCUCACAGAGUCUACUGUCACGCUAGGUCCCGCAUUCCAGACCGUAUGGGUCAUGCCAGAAAAGCAUGACAAACUUGCAUUCUUCCAGACCCAGACAUUUUUGCAGUUGAUAUGCGUCGAUGGGGGAGUUCCAAGACUGGUUGAGACAAAUACCGGGGAUCGACGAGGCGACCGCGAUAUCAAACGUGAUAAACUUCAUCGAGGAAGACAAAUACGACUUGGUGGUCUUUGACACUGCGCCAACCGGACACACGUUGAAGCUGCUGCAGCUACCGAAGGUAUUUCUGAUACGCAUAAUUUGUAAUGCGAAAACACGUCGCAACGGGCUACUUGUGCGCUUGUCAUGGAAAGCCGACAAUUUUCUCAUUUUGAAGCCGAGCCAAACACUAAAAUUCAGAUCCUCUCCCAAGGCAUGGAAAAGCUCCAAUCUUGGUCAACCACCCUCUGGACGUAUAUGUCAACCGUCGUCGGCACGUCUUCAAGUAACAACUCCAACCCCGUGGAUGCGAAGCACGCGAUGGAGACAAGACUGAAAGAGUACAAGCGGUCCAUGGACAAAGUUUCCCUGAUGCUCAAAGACCACUACCGGACGCAGUUCGUCAUCGUCUGCAUCGCGGAAUAUUUGUCCGUGAUGGAGUCUAAACGCUUGAUGUCGGAGCUGAAGAAAAACAGCAUAAAAUCCGGGUUUGUGAUCUGCAACCAACUUCUCCCCGUGCUGGAAAUAACCGAUCAAGAGGAACAACAGCUUCUCCACCCAGCAACUCUCGGCAGCACGGCCAACUUCGCCGGGAAUACAACUAACCAUGAUACUGAUACGUCGGGGAACAAAGUGUCCGUUUUGGAUACGAAUACCAGCUGGAACGUCGACCACAGUGCGAUAAAUUCUAACUUCACCUUCGCAGGACCACCGAACGGAGGUUCGACUGGUUCCCCGCAAUUGCUGCCGAUGGAUGUGGAGGGAAAUAAUAGCAAUGCAGCUCAGCAGCAGCAUCUUCCAUUUGCAGCUGCAUCCGUCGCGGCGCAACAGCAGCAGCAUUUACUGCGAGGAGGACAACAGCAGCAGCAGCCCUUAGCGCCGCAUAACAGUCCGCCCAUGAACGGGCAACAGCAGCAGCACAACUACUUACAAAGCAGCUACACGGAGCUCGCAAGCGUAGAAAUACCAGCGCUGUCAUCUUACGCCCCCCCGCAUGACGGGAGGACGACUACAAUGACGUACCCCGCGAGUAUGAGUUCCGAUCGACCAGCGCAUCCAAUUUCCGGAACAAUACCCGCUGCAGUCAUGCCUUCUGCGGGGCAAAAGGCGCUGAAAUUACUGCAAUCGAGGAACCGAAUUCAGAUGAAGUACCUGGAGUUGCUGAAGCAAGUAGAAGGAGUGCAGCACGUGAUAGAGAUGGAGCUGCAGGAACGGGAGGUCACCGGGCUUGAGUCUUUGAAAAGAUUCGCCUACGACAUGCUGAUGGGAGGGAGCAGGAAUAGGAAGGGGAGAACUUCGUCUCUGUCCCAGCAAAUGUGUUCGGCGCACAACAAUCUACACUGCGACGAAAAGCAACAACAUUCUGCGGUAUACAACAAUCCCUCCGCCACACCCGGACAAGUAAAUCAGGCGUCACACAACGCGGCGAAAAAGCUGCACUGCUAUUCGAGACUACGGGAGGAGCGGAGAAUAGUUUACCCAGAACUGAUGGAGCAGGAUGACGAGGUGUUUCCGGUGGGAUUGUCCGUGGAGAUCUUCGGACUCGCCAAAACGCCGCAGUAUAACGGCGUAAUAGGAACCGUGAAGAGCUACGACGCACAGACGAUGAGGUAUAAUUUGGUAGAUUUGAUGGUGGUAUGCAUUGCAAAUAUGUCUGGGUCUGGAAACUUGUGAUGCAAGAAAGGGAAUAGUGAGCACACUGUAAUGCGCUCCCCAGCAUGACAAGUUUUUCCGUGGUUCAGAGAUGCGUGUCCCGCAUGAGAAACUGCGUUUCUGCAUGCCAAACAAGAGGAUCUCUUCGCGGUCACGCAAUACAGAGUUCAGAGUUAUGCCAGACUAGCAUGACAAGUCUCGCAAUCUCCCAGACCCAGACAUUUUUGCAAUUCAUAGGUGGGGUUCUUAUCCUUUGUAAUACGGAACCUUUUUCUUGCCGGUUUUGGUCUUGCUCUACGGAAAAAGACAGAUGCAAUUUCUAAGCGCGUUUAGGUGUCUGACACUGCCAUGAAUUGCACCUGGAGGGAAAAGUGCAACUUUGCGCUUUCGCAAACGGAACCAGGAGCAGACUCUUGCUCGUCAGGACCUUUUCCUGUCGGCUUUUUGCCCUCAUCCGGGGUAUAGGGCACAGGCAAUGUUAGCUCGUGUUUAGGUGUCUGACACUGCCAUGAUUUGCACCUGGAGGGAAAAGUGCAACUUUGCGCUUUUGCAAAAGGAACCAGGAGCAGACUCUUGCCCAGCAGGAUCUUAUCUUGCCGACUUUUUGCCCUCAACUAGGGUAUGGGGCACAGGCAAUUUUAGCUCGUGUUUAGGUGUCUGACACUGCAAUGAUUUGUGCCCGGGGGAAAUGGAGCUACAUUUUGUGUUUGCACCAAGAAACAGGAGCGGGCGCUUGCUCAGCAGGAUCUUGGCUUGCCGAUUUUUUGCCCUCAUCCGGGGUAUGGGGCACAGGCAAUUUUAGGUCGUGUUUAGUUGUCUGACACUACCAUAAUUUGUGCUCGGGAGAAAUGGAGUAACUUUUCGUUUUCGCACCAAGAAUCAGGAGCGGGCUCUUGCUUAGCAAGAUCUCUUUUUGCCAUCUUUUUGCUCUCAGCUAGGGUAUAGGGCACAGGCAAUUUUAGAUCGUGUUUAGGUGUCUGACACUUCCAUGAUUUGUGCCCGGGGAAAAGCGGGGCACUUUUUGUUUGCGCACCAAGAAGUAGGGGCGGGAUCUUGCUUUGCCGGAUCUUUUUUGCCGGCUUUUUGCCCUCAACUAGGGUAUGGAACACAGGCAAUGUUAGGUCGUGUUUAGGUGUCUGACACUUCCAUGAUUUGUGUUCGGGGGAAAAGGGGGCACUUUUUGUUUGCGCGCCAAGAACCAAGGGCUGUCUCUUGCUUAGGUGGGUCUUUUCCCGCCGACUUUUUUCUAUCAGCUAGGGCAUAGGGCACAGGCAAUUUUAGGUCGUCUUUAGGUGUCUGACACUGCCACGAUUUGUGCCCGGGGGAAAAGCAGCUACUUUUUGUUUUCGUACCAAGAAACAGGAGCGGGCGCUUGGUCAACAGGAUCUUUUCUUGCCGGCUUUUUUCCCCCCACUGGGCAGACGGCACAGGCUAUUUUAGGCCGUGUUUAGAUGUCUGACACUAUCGCAAUAUGUGCCCGGGGAAAAAGCGAGCCACUUUUUGUUUUCGCAGCAAGAACCAGGGGCGGGCUCUUCAUUAGUAGGAUCUUUUCUUGCCGGCUUUUUGCGCUCGGGUUGGAUACAGGGCACUUCGCGUUUUAGGUCGUGUUUAGGUGUCUGACACGGACAUGUUAUGAUCCGCACUCGGCGAGAAACAAAAUUGUUAUAAAAUCCUAAAAUCUGAACCAACGACAACUAAAUCUUCAGGUACGGCGUCUUUGUCGAGCACCUUCCGACGCAGCUGAACGUGAAAAAGCUGCUCGCCCUGAAACCCAGUAACCUCCGCCACGCGGCAAAUUCUAAAUUUUUCGGCAACUCCGCACUCGAUCCUGAGGUUGACACGUGGAUGCAGAAUCCGAAAAUUUGGAACGCGUUCAUGGAGUGUAAAAAGGACCCGCUGCGGAUCAAGUACUAUUUAGAAAACGACCCGGAGCUCAGCGGCAUUUUGAGUAGCAUGGCGCGGAAGAUUUCCGUCCACCAAAAGGCCUGCGCGCCGGUGGCUGGUUGA